AUGGAGACAACCCCGCUCCUCGAAAAGGCCAACAACACCCGAUCUAAGCACCCGAAUGCCUGGCAUGACUUCAUUGACCUAUCUAACAUGGCUGCUCAGGUGAGUAUGGCUACACUGGCGCGCGCUGCGCUCCUAUCAAUCGACUCAAUCUUUUUAGGUCAUUUGGGUAUCAAGGAAUUGGCAGCAGCUUCGAUUGCCCAACUAUGGACGAAUCCUGCACUCUACUGCGUAUGGGCAUCUGCGUCGGCACUCAAUACGUUGUGUGGCCAGUCGUGGGGUGCAGGCAAUCGAGAGCUUACAGGCAUUUGGCUCCAAUUUGGGAUUGUUAUCACGGUUUUGCUUUCAGUGCCAGUUGUGGCUUGGUAUUGGUGUAUUGGCUAUGUGUUAAAGUACACUACAGAUGACGCCGAAGUUAUCGCACUAGCCACGACAUUUUCUCGUAUUGUUUCUGGAUCGAUUCUCCCAACACUUGUCUACUGCUGUCUCAGGCAAUAUUUGCAAGCCAUGGGGAUUCUCAUGCCGACCACGAUAGUCGGAACGGUAUCGAUUUUUGUUGCAACGGGCAGUAAUUACGUUCUUAUAUAUGGCAUCGGUUCGUGGCAUGGCUUGGGUUUUAUCGGUUCACCAAUUGCGACAGUCGUGGCGUCCUGGUUUCAACCCAUUGCGCUCUUCAGCUAUGCAAUCCUAUACAAACAUUAUCACCACCGCGCUUGGUACGGAUGGAAUAUCCACGCUCUUACACAGAGCCGAUUGCAGUGUUACCUCAAAGUGGCUGGACCCAUUUCCAGCAAUAGUUUUGUAUCCAAUUUGGCGAGCGCACUAAUAGCUUUGGUAGCAGCCAAACUUGGUGCUCGAGUCGUCGCAGCUAAUGCUGUCAUAUCGGGUCUAUGGAGUCUUCUCUGGGCGCUUUUUUGGGGAUACGGCUGUGCCACGCAAGUCCGUGUCGCCAAUUAUUUAGGCGCAGGUAGACCAGAAUUAGCGCGUCGAAUGACCGGUCUAGGUUUUAUCUGCACGAUGGUUGUCUCAAUUUUUAUUGCAGCACUAACUAGCGUUAUGGGCAAGCACAUAAUCGCUCUGUAUACAAUGGACACAGAGCUAGUGACUACUUGCAAGCUCGUGUUGCCCAUAUUUAUCAUAGCUUGUGCCUUUGAGGCCGUGGAAGUUUUAGGUGCUGGAGCAUUAACUGGAAUGAGCCAGGUUCACACUGUGUUCUGGACAAGCACAAUUGCCACAUGGCUUAUUGACUUACCAGUGGCUUAUAUCGGUGGGAUCACGAUGGGCUAUGGCUUUCCUGCGCUUUGGGUGGGCGUCCUUUUGAUGGAACUUUUUAAAGCGGGCAGCUUCUCUCUUGCCCUGAUGCAUGUGGAGUGGAGUGAACUGGCAAAGCUUAUUAAGGAAACAGCGAAUGCAGCACCCAAUAUAGAGCAGAGCACUGUGCAAUUUAUGGCUACCGUCGCCGACAUUCAGCCCACGACGCCGCCGAUUGUGGCAUUGUCUCUCAAGCGACGCCUGUCGAACGAGAAUUGUAGUAGCAUGGCUGGUGUUGGAGACGCGCCGCUAGGCAAGUGGGCGCAGCGUAAGGAGGCGCGUCGAAAUAUGUACGCAACUAGCACGGAUCAAGUGCGAGUGCAUCGACGUGGACUAGGGGCGUCAUCUUCCCCAAACGUCGCCGCACUGUGCCAGAAGUGUCUGCAACCAGGUCAUUGGACUUACGAGUGCAAGAAUGAGGCGGUUUACGUCCAGCGACCGUCACGAUCCCAGCAAUUGCGGAACCCAAAGCUACGCCAGCCUUUUAAUCAGGAUAAGCCUCCGGAAAUGCAGGAAGAUGAAAAUCAGAAAACAGAAUCGAAAAAGAAGCUUACGCUUAAGAAGAAGAGAAGAGGUACCGCGAAGAAGUCUAAGAUUAGCAAGCGUACCCGACGUAAGCGACGCCGCAGUAGCAGCAAUUCUUCAUCUUCGGAUUCAUCAUCAUCUUCCGAUUCUUCAUCGUCUUCUGAUUCAGAUUCGGACUCGUCAAUCGACACCUCGUCAUCCUCGUCUUCAUCUUGUACGGGCUACAACUCGUCUGACACCAAUAGCGACAACGAUAGCAAUAGCUCGCCAUCCUUGUCGAAUAGUGAUUACAGCUCUGAUAGGGAAUAUCGAUCAAAGCGUCGGCGUAGGGUCUAG